AUGCGGGCUUCACUCACAAGAACACUGGCAGCUUCGGCAGCCUUCUGCGGUGCGACAGCAACCUGCACAAAAGCUCGGGCUACGAACUCAUCUAUUGGCAAUGCCUCAUAUGACUAUAUCGUUGUCGGCGGCGGGCCUUCGGGUAUCAUUGCUGCCACCCGACUUGCUCAGUCAUCCAGCAAGAGCGUUCUUCUACUCUCCCGUGGCCAAGGGCCUACCGUUGACACCGGUGCCGUAGGCACAGUGGAUUUCAGCAACACCUUGACACCUAUUGAUGUCCCUGGCCUGUCGACUGCUGUCACGUCCUACAACGUGGGAGACCAGCCGCUCUUCAAUGCCUACCUCUGCACUGAUGUCGAUGCCUUCGCUUCCUGCGUGUUCGGCGGUGGUGCUUCCAUCAACUACAUGGUCUUCCCGCACCCUCCUGAGCGUGACUUUGACGACAAAUGGCCAGUUGGGUGGAAAUGGGAUGAUGUAUCCGCCGCUGCUGACCGCGUGUGGGACGUGAACCCGGGAUCCAUGCUGCCCAGCAUGGAUGGCAAGCGGUACGAUCAAGGCAUGUUUGAGACGGUCUCCAAGUUCCUCGAUGCCCAGGGCUGGUCCGAGGUCGACCAGGUCGCGGAGCCCAACAGCAAGAACAAGGUGUAUAGCUACCCCAACUGGGAUAUUGGCGUCUCUGGCGGCCUGCCGAAGCGAGUUGGACCUCUGAGGACUUACUUGCCUUUGGCUGAGGAGCUUGAAAACUUCUCCUAUCGCCUAAACUCCACCGUCCGUCGCGUUCUUCGCAACGGUGGACAGGUCACUGGUGUCGAGGUGGAGACGGAAUCUGGGGUUGAGACUGUCAGCCUCGCUGCUGGCGGUAAGGUUGUGCUGGCCGCCGGUCCUUGGGGAACCCCUCGCAUCUUGUUCAACUCUGGAAUUGGUCCGUUCGACCAGAUCCAGACUGUUGCCAACGGCACUACAGGCAUACCCGUCCCACCAAAGGAGGACUGGAUUGAUCUUCCUGUCGGCCAGGCCAUCAAAGACCACCCGAUCUUCAGCAUCUAUGUUCAGACACCUGAUAACUGGACCUCAUUCAACACAAGCACUGUUGUUGACGGCACCAACAUCGACGACAUCGAGCUGUACAUGGAGCAAGGCUCAGGCGUCUUGGCUCAAGGGUAUCACCGCAUGAUCUUCUGGACUUCCAACGUUGCAUCUGACAACAUCACCCGGUACUACCAAGGCAGCGUCAGCCCCCAGGGACCUGGUCUUUUCUUGAUCAAAGCGUAUCUAACCCAUGGGGCUACCUCCUCUGGAAAGAUGGGAAUCCAGGCCAACGGCACAGUCGGCUUCACCCAGAUGCCCUACCUCCAGACCCAGGGCGACCAGGAAGGCGCGACAAUGUUCGUGGAGGAGAUGCUGGAGAGCGUCUCUUCCUAUGGCUGGGAGCUCACGAAGGGCACCACGAACACCUCUUCGAUCCUGUCUGCUCACAGCCAAGGUGACCAUUACAUCGGCACCGCGAACGUCGGAACCGACCCCAAGACCUCCGUGGUUGACACGGACGUCAAGGUCUGGGGCACCGACAACCUGUACAUUGUCGACUCCAGCAUCCACGCCGAUCUCUCCACCGGCAACACACAGGCCAUUACAAUGGUCGUGGCUGAGGCUGCAGUGGAGAAGAUCAUCGCUGCUGACUCGGCCCCUCAGCUAAAGAAGCGUCAGCAUUGA